AUGGUGGAUUCGCAGCGGGUCUUCGAUGGGAUGGUCCAGCACGAUGGGGUGUCGUGGAACUCGCUGAUUCAAGGCUAUGCCACCAAUGGGGAAAUGCCGAGAGCGUUGGGCAUUUUGUCGCUGAUGAUCUGGGAGAGUGAGAAGAGUUCUUCCGUGAUUCCGACACCUCGGACCUUUGUCGCUGCACUCAAGGGGUGUAGCAAGUUGGCGGUGGAAGAAGAUGGAAGGCUGGUCAAUGGAAAGCUUGUCAAGGUUUCUUCGCUCCAGAAAGUUUCGGAGAUUCACUUGGUGGCUGCGAAGUAUGGAAGGACAGACUCGACAAGCGUUUUCGUUGGCAACUCGCUGGUGGAUUUGUAUGCCAAGUGUGGGAGCCUGGAGGAUGCUCGUCGGGUGUUUGAUCGGAUGGAUCAUCGCGACAGGGUUUCAUGGAACGUUUUGAUGGCCGGAUGUGCUUUUCACGGGGAGGAGGAGGCGAGUUUGGAGCUGUUCGAGCGGAUGCUACUCCAGGGCUAUGCAGCGAACUCUCGGAGCUUUGUCACGGCACUCAAGGCCUGCUCGAGUCUGGCAGAGAAGGAAGAAGCGAUCAAGGGCUCACGGGAUGGACAGUUUGUGAAGAUUGUGGCUUUGGAGAAAGCUAUGGCUAUACACUCGCAGGCUGAGAGACUUGGCUUGGAUGUUUACAUGGCCAGCGCAGUGAUCAGUCUAUAUGCAAGGUGUGGAAGCAUCGUGAACGGGCUAAAGGUUUUCGACAGGAUGCUGUGCCGUGAUCUCGUGAUGUGGAACACGAUGAUUCUCGGGUGUGCCGAGAACCAUGACGCGGAGCUCUCUUUGGAACUGUUCGAGGCGAUGAGCAAGCAUAGCUGUGAAGCUCCGAAUGCUCGAACUUUAGUUGCGGUGCUCAAGGCAUGCGUAUAUCUGGCCGAGAAAGAAGAAGAAGCGCAGGAGAUUUCUUGCGCUCUCGUCGAGCUGUACUCCAAAAGUGGGAGCUUGGUGGACAGUAUGGCCGUGUUCGAAGCUAUGGCGCAUGAUCCAGAUGUUACGUUGUGGACUGCUUUGAUCACCGGGUGUGCUGACAAUGGGGAAGAAGAUCUAGCUCUUGAGCUCUUCUCUCAGAUGCAAAGUCAUGGAGGUUGUGCACCGGACGCUCAUAGUUUUGUAGCGGCAAUAAGAGCUUGCGGGUCUAGCUUGGCAGCAGCGAAAGAAUCCAGGGAGACGAAAGUGCUCGUGUGCAUGGAGAGAGGCAUGGCUCUCCACAUCGAAGCUACGAAACAAGGAUUUGUUUCGAACAAGUUCCUGGCCAGCGCUCUAGUCGACAUGUACGUGAGAUGCUCGAGCAUGGACGAUGCUCGCAGGGUUUUUGCUGCGAUCCAGCGUCCGGAGGUGGCAACUUGGAACACACUGCUUCUGGGAUACGUAGAAAGCGGGCAAGGGGAGCUAGCUCUCGAGACUUACGAGCAAAUGAAAGCUCGCGGUGGUCUGGAACCGAAUGCUUCGACUCUUGGCCUCGCACUGAGGGCCUGUGGAGUGGCGAGAAGAUUGGAAACUGGGAAGAGAGUCCAUGGUGAGCUAUGCAGGAGAGGCCUUGAAAGCGAUGCUGUUCUAGCAACGUCGCUCAUAGAUUUCUACGCAAAGUUUGGCAGUCUAGACAACUCUCGCCAAGUGUUCGACUUGGUUUCUACAAGGGACGUGAUCACCUGGAACGCAUUGAUAGCAGGAUGGAGCAGCCAGGGGAGCUACACGAAUUCUCUUGCAUUGUUCUACGCCAUGCAAGACGAGGAUCUAAGGCCCAGCAGUGUCACCUUCGUCUCGCUUCUCAACGCUUGCAGCCAUGCCGGGAUGGUUGAGAGGGCGAGGAAGAUCUUUCGUGCAAUGGAGGAGUCGUCCAAGUUUGCCGUGACGCCUGGUAUCGAGCACUAUGGCUGCAUGAUCGCUGUGCUUUGUCGAGCAAACCAGCUCGAUGACGCAGUGGCUAUGGUGCGAGGCAUGCCUGUGGAAGCCAAUGCCGUGGCCUGGACGAUCAUUCUCAACGAGUGCUGGAAGCGGCAAAACUUGGUGGUGGGAGCGCUUGCAUUCGACGCACUACAGAGAAUGGGUUUUACCACAUCCUCGGCUUUCACCUUGAUGACCAGAACUGAAGGAGCUGGACAAAGUUUAUAA